GUUCAGGGAGAGCAAGACGGUCUCGUAUUUCAAAGCGGAACGCAAGCAGACGUGGAGCGUUUGUUUCCACACGGACUAACAAAGUUGUUUAUCAUCACUGGCGUAGCGGAGAUGGCAGCCCUCCGGACGGCACUCCAUGGACGACUUCUUCAGACUUUCCCCUUUUCCUUUGGCUCGCUGCGGUUCGCCAGCUCCUUUAAGGCAGCAGGUCUCACCAUUGAACGCAACACAGAAUGCAAGCCGAAACCCGAGCCCUCCACGCUGCUCUUCGGCAAACAAUUCUCCGACCACAUGUUGACUAUCAACUGGUCGGAGAAGGGCGGCUGGGAAUCUCCUCAGAUCAAACCUUUCCAGAAUCUGUCGCUGCAUCCAGCUAGCUCUGCCCUGCACUACUCCAUAGAGCUGUUUGAAGGCAUGAAGGCGUACCGUGGCGUCGACAACCACAUCCGUCUGUUCAGACCUAUGCUGAACAUGGAGAGGAUGCAUCGCAGUGCAGACAGGAGCAGCCUUCCUGUGAGUUUGAACACCAUCAGAAACCUUGACCCUAAUAUAUCACCGUCUCUUGGCGUGUCUCGUCCAGGAAAAGCUAUGAUCUUCGUCAUCAUCGGCCCAGUCGGGCCGUACUUUUCAACGGGGUCCUUCAACCCAGUGUCCCUGCUGGCAGACCCUGCGUUUGUGAGAGCUUGGAAAGGAGGUGUUGGGGCCUACAAGAUGGGAGGUAACUACGGCCCCACAAUAGCGGUGCAGAACGAGGCAGUGAAGCGAGGCUGUCAGCAGGUCCUCUGGCUGUAUGGACAAGAUGAGGAGAUCACCGAGGUCGGCACCAUGAACCUCUUUAUCUACUGGACCAAUGAGAAAGGAGAGAAAGAGCUGGUGACCCCGCCGCUGGAUGGCAUUAUUCUCCCAGGAGUGACCAGACAAUCACUGCUGGACCUGGGAAGAUCCUGGGGAGAGUUUAAAGUCACGGAGCGGACUAUGGUCAUGAAGGAGCUGCUUGGAGCUCUGGAUGCCGGGCGAGUCCUGGAGGUGUUUGGUGCAGGGACGGCCUGCGUCGUCUGCCCCGUCGGCAGCCUCCUCUACAAAGGAAAGACGUACCAGAUCCCCACCAUGCAGAACGGUCCAGAUCUGGCCAAAAGGUUCUACAAAGAGCUUACUGAUAUUCAGUACGGAUGCACACCAAGUGAAUGGGCUCCACUGGUUGUUUAAACAGCUACUUUGCACAUGCCGGUUGUAUCAACAUUUAAUCCGCUAAUUUUAGUUUGGAACAACCAACAGCGACCCAUCCCCUCCCCCCGCCCCCACCGCACUCCUUUCAUCUAAUGAAUGCACUCCUGCUUCGUCACUCGGGGACACAGACGCCUCUCUCUUCCUGUCUUUUUGGACGCCUUUCACGGAUGUUACUGUCUCAGAAAACCAGUUGGUGGUUUGAAUGCAGCAAUACUAACGGCGACGUUUGCCGAUAUCAAGUCCGAAGAAAAUUUUAAUUGUUGGAGGGGAAAAAAAUAGAUUUUAAAUAUUAACAUGAUUCACAGCAUUAAUACAGGCUAAACUUCACUCGGAUGCUCGUACUUUAAUUUUAAUCAGCCCUGCAUUAACAAACAGGCACAAAGUUUGACAUGUUUCAGGUGUCGUAGUCACAAGCUACAGGUUUGUAUUUGGUGUUUAAGACUUUGGUAGUUACUGUUACUCAUCAACAAAUGAAUUAAGGCGAAUAUCACAACAGCAGUUGAUAUUAGCUCGUGGUAUUUAACCUAAAACCUCUAACUGUUACAUGUGAGUAGCCAAAACUGGAAUAGCCAACCUUGUAAGGAUGUGUUAUUUCUUAUUGUCGUGUAUUUGGCGAACUGAUCUGUAAUUUUUCAUGGGGCCACGUCGCUUGGACAUCAGCGUUUGCACUGAGCUUAGUUGUAACAUCUGUGCAACUCGGCUUUUCAGAAAAUAAUCAUGAGUGGGUUUUAAUGUUUGUUGGUUUUAUUUGUAAAGACUUUGACAGCACAAAAAAAGAUUUGAGCAAGCAGCAGCACGCACAAACAGAAGGACUGCUGAACGCCGACACGCU